AAUGAAUUUAACAUUUUUGUUUAGAUAUACAUUUCUGAAAAGUUUUAAUGAUAGAUUAUUUCCAUUAACUAAUUUUUUAGCAACCUUAAAUAACAACACAUAUUCUUCAGCAGUUGUUUUAUUUUGUUGCAUUAUGACAGGAAAAAGGAGACCUCCUCAUCCUGUGCUCACUACAUCAAGCCCAGUUCCACUAACUCACGAACCUCCUAGAAAUUUAUCUGACCAUACCUCAUUAACAAUUGAUGGUCAGAGCUACCCAUGCAAUGCAAAUGAUUUGCAAUUAAUUUCAGAACUUGGUAGAGGAGCUUAUGGCGUAGUAGAAAAAAUGAAACAUGUUGCCACUGGUAUUGAGAUGGCAGUAAAACGUAUUCGCCAUACUGUUAACUCAACUGAACAGCGUCGAUUACUUAUGGAUUUAGAUGUAAAUAUGCGUUUAAGCAAUUAUCCAUACACUGUUCAUUUUUAUGGUGCAUUAUUCAAAGAGGGUGAUGUUUGGAUAUGUAUGCAGUUGAUGAGAACUUCAUUAGAUCAUUUUUAUAAAAUUGUUUCAGAUCGAAACCAAAAAAUUCCAGAAUAUGUACUAAAGAAAAUUUCGUUUGCAGUAGUUUCAGCACUUGAGUACUUACAUAAGACAUUACAUGUUAUACAUAGAGAUGUAAAACCUUCAAACAUACUUGUAAAUUAUGAUGGAGAGAUCAAACUAUGUGAUUUUGGAAUUAGUGGUCACUUAGUUGACUCUCUUGCAAAAACAUUAAGUGCAGGCUGCAAACCUUACAUGGCGCCAGAGAGGAUUAAUCCAAACAAAGGGGAUACUGGUUAUGAUAUACGGUCAGACGUUUGGAGUUUGGGUAUUACAAUUGUUGAAUUGGCAAGUCUACAAUUUCCUUACAGUAGUUGGACGACACCUUUUGACCAACUGCAGGCGGUUGUUAAUGAACCAUCCCCUAGUCUUCCCUCUGAUGGAAACUAUUCAGACUGUUUUCGUGAAUUUGUAGAUUUAUGUUUGAAAAAGAAUUACAGAGAAAGGCCUAAGUACAGAGACCUUCUUAACCACUUGUUCAUUGUCAAUCACGAAACAAUACCGCAAAAUGAAGUAACAAGUUUUGUUCAAGAAAUUUUAAACCAAAUGGACUCGAGGUAAUCUGAGUCUGUUUGAUUUAAACUCAUUUCGAAUUAAUAAGAUCCAAUCAAACUUGCAAUUGUUUGUUGCUUCUUAUUGGAGAAGGUUUUCUCAUUUUCAAUUGUUUCCUUUGGAAAUUAAAUGCUAAUUUUCGAUUUCCAUUCUCUGCUUUUUUUUUUUCUUUUUUUUUUCUUUUUUUUUUUUUUGGCAGAUGAAGAGUUUUGUACAAUGCUUGUAAAAUAAUUUUUUUAAACUUCUUUUGUUUUUUUUUAUUAUUAUUUUGCUUAUUUUUACCAAAUUUUUAGAUUAUUGUUUUAUUUGAGAAAAAUUGAAAUUAAUAAUUUUUUCGUUUGUCAUUUUUGUGCGAAAACAUUUAAUAUUUUGAACGUUUUUAAUUGCCGACGCAGUUAAUUUUAUUGAGAUGUAUUUUACAUUAAUCAAAAUUUUUCUUCUUUUGAAACUUUUUCUAAUUGCUUUUAUUAAUUUAUCUUUCUUCUAUCAUCUCUAACGAUUUAUAUGUUUAUUUUAAAGUGUCAUUAUUUAGACAACAAUUUGUUAAAAAGAAAAUCUGCUUUUUUUUUUUUUUUUUUUUUUUUUUUUAAUGUUAAAUUAUAAAUGAUGAUGAAAAUCAAAAUAAUUUAUCAAAUAUUGUUGGGAAUAUAAACGAGUCAUCAUCAAAAUGAUGACGACUUAAACAA